AUGCACACGUGGGUAAACUUGACCCUCUCCGAUUCCCAAAAAAGGCGGGCCGUGACGUCACCCCAGGUGCUCCUUUUCCCCGUUAAUGGGCGAGGCCUCUACAGUUCUCGGUAGGCGGAGUACUAGGAGGCUGCCGCGCAUGCGCUUGGCGAGAACGCACAGGAGUCGCAGAGGCUGCGUGCGGAAAAUAGUCAAAGGGCAACGCGACCGGUAAAGUGGGCGGGCUGUCGUCCGCGCCUUGUUACGGGGGGGAGGUAGGGGAUGAACUUGUCGGCCUCCGUGGGCCCCUCUUUAUCUGGCCACCACCGCCAUCAUGGCCACGAUAGAACUGGAGUUCCAAGAGAUCGACGCUGCGAACGAUUGGCAGCCCCGCUAUCAGGAUAUUCGUAACCAAUCAAAGGAUUUUCCACAUAAAGUUGCAAAGUAUCCAGAAAACCGAAAUCGAAACAGAUACAGAGAUGUUAGUCCAUAUGAUCACAGUCGAGUCGUACUGCAGAAUACAGACAAUGAUUACAUCAAUGCAAGCUUGGUGGUUAAUGAAGAAGCCCAAAGAAAUUAUAUUUUAACACAGGGUCCACUUCCUAAUACAUGUUGCCAUUUCUGGUUAAUGGUAUGGCAACAGAAGACCAAAGCAGUUGUCAUGUUAAACAGAAUUGUUGAGAAAGAUUCGGUAAAAUGUGCUCAGUACUGGCCUAGAAAAGAAGAGGACAUAAUGAUGUUCAAAGAAACAGGAUUUUGUGUGAGGCUAAAAUCUGAAGAUGUCAAAUCCUACUAUACUGUGCGACAACUUCAGCUAGAAAGUAUCAAUAAUGGAGAGUGCAGGAUGAUAUUCCAUUUUCAUUAUACUACAUGGCCAGAUUUUGGAGUUCCUGAAUCCCCAGCUUCGUUCCUCAACUUCUUGUUUAAAGUCAGAGAAUCUGGAUCUCUGAGCCCUGAACAUGGGCCUGCAGUCAUUCACUGUAGUGCUGGAAUAGGGCGUUCUGGUACAUUUUCAUUGGUAGAUACGUGUCUUGUCCUGAUGGAAAAAGAUCCAUUUUCUGUAGACAUUAAACAAGUAUUAUUAAAUAUGAGAAAAUACCGAAUGGGACUUAUUCAGACGCCUGAUCAGCUAAGAUUUUCAUAUAUGGCUGUAAUAGAAGGGGCCAAAUAUAUAAUGGGUGAUUCUACUAUACAGAAUCAAUGGAAGGAACUUUCAAAGGAGGACCAAGCACCAAGUUCUGAACACUCUCCUCCAUACAGAACCAGACUUCCAGCAGAGAAGUACAAUGGGAACAGUGUAGGAUUUGAAAAUCAGGAACAAACUGAAGAUCUCAUAGAUGCAGAGCUGACUUCUACAGUUCAGAAUACCGCUGAUGCAAGUGCUGACAUUGCUGUUCGGAAACGGCUGAGAGAGGACAGAAAAGCUAACACAGCACAGAAGGUGCAGCAGAUGAAACAAAGGCUGAGUGAGGCUGAAAGAAAAAGAAAAAGGUGGUUAUACUGGAAACCUAUUGUCACUAAGCUUGGGUUUGGUACAGCCAUUUUCAUUGGAGUGUACUGUUGCUGCAAAUUUUUCUUCCAAGCUUCCCUUAUGUGAGUGUGUGCUUUAGGUUGUAACCCUAUGCCCCACAAUAUAUACUUAAGUUCUACACAUGUUUACUGGCUGCAGAAUGGCAGCCAUGGUUUGCAGACCAAGUAUGCUGGUAACACACCAGUGGGGGGAUAUGACUUGCAGCAUCAAAAUUCCCACAUCUAAGAUCAGUGCAGUAAUUUUGUAAAGUGUGGCAUGUGAUUAAACUGAUCACAAACCACAGUCUCAGGACUUUUCAUUGCAGGUACUUCUGAAACCAAAUUACCACCUGGAAUAAAGUUGUACACUCUUAUUAGGUAAUCUGAAAUGCAUCUUCAGCAAGUGUGUAUAUAUUAAAAUGAUUCUCCACUAGAUCUAGGGUAGACGCAGUGUUCUGCCAGCUCACAUAUCUGAUAUAAGCAAUAAACAGUGUGGUGUCAUACUAUGAAUGCAAAGCAGUUACAGUGAUGUGUAUGUGAUAUGCUAUUAAGCAUUUAUAUGAUCCAGACUUAGCAUAAAUACAUUUUAUAAAUCUAUAUUUAAUCAUACUUUUUGUAGAUAACUGUAUUUUUGAAAGCCAGGUUUGUACAAAUUUCACUGACCCAAACAAAAUAUACAUUAAAGCAGUUAACAGUGCAUCCAUUCCCAUCAUUUCAGGAGUGAUUCAGAAAUUCACUGACCUUCAUCAAGAUGUCACCAUUCUUAACGUAAUGAUUAGUAAAUUGCCCCACUGAAAUUUGAUGUCAGGAGAUAGGGCUACUUCUCAAUUUCUACUCUGUAAGUUGCAUUCAUGUAUUUAUGCCUGUAGUUAACAUUCUCUUUAUUUAAAAAGACUUGAAAAUGUUACAUUUUUAUAAGACGUCUGGGAGCUUGGUCCCCUAUCUCAAAACUGACUAUUUUGAGGGGAAGUUUUGUUAAUUUCAGCUGCUGUUGGAAGCUAAUAGUUUAUGUGAAAGUUCAAACAUUCCAUUAAAUGCAAAAACUUU